UUUAGAGUUUCUAGCAAAGCCCGAACAGCGAGAUGGAGGUGGACGAGCUGGUGUGUUUGCCAAGGUUGACCCGGGUUGCUGUGUGCGGCGGUACCCAUGGCAACGAGCUGUCCGGGGUGUACUUGAUGGAGGAGAAGGAGAAGGAGGAGGAGGAGGAGGAGGAGGAGGAAGAUCCUCUGUCAGUGAUGAUGGUGCUGUCGAACCCGCGAGCCGUGCAGCAGUGCCGCAGAUACGUCGACACUGACCUCAACCGCUGCUUCACUCACGCCACCCUCAAUGGUCCCAGAUCAGGCGAUGACCCCUACGAGAUCAUCAGAUCCCGAGAACUGAACGCCUUCCUGGGUCCCAAAGGGAGUUCUGGGGCGGUAGAUCUGGUUUGCGACCUCCACAACACCACUGCCAACAUGGGCCUGUGCUUCAUCGCGUACUCCGACUGCGACUGGAUCUGCAUGCACAUAUUCAGACACCUGCAGAGGAAGAUGCCAGAUAUACCAAUGAGGUACAUUCAUUUUGAAGUCUCCAGCAAAGAAUCAUAUUCCCUUGAUUCAGUGGGGAAGCAUGGCUUUGCCAUGGAAAUCGGCCCCCAGCCCCACGGUGUAGUGAGGUCAAACAUCUAUACGGCCAUGAAAGCUGGCGUGCAGUACAUGCUCGAUUGGGUUUGUUUCUUCAACUCAGGUACCAUUUUUGAAGGAGAAUACGUGGAUGUGUUCACCAUGAUUAAACACAUCGACUACCCAAGAGACAGAGAGACUCACAACAUCACAGCAGCCAUUCAUCCUCAGCUCCAGGACCGAGACUUCUGCUUGCUCCACCCAGAAGACCCACUGUUCCAGACUUUCUCGGGUGAAACUCUGAGGUACAAAGGAAAGGAGCCCCUUUACCCUUUCUUCAUCAAUGAAUGCGCUUAUUACGAGAAGGGCAUUGCUCUGUCCCUGGCGAGGAAAAGGCGUGUGAUGAUUCCAGCAAUCCGGGUGCAGACAGAGCAGGAACAACUGGCUAACGUGAAGGGAUUUGCGUCAGAGGAAGAGGAGUGA